AUGGACGUCUACGCCGUCGUUUCAAUCUCCGGUGGUGCUGACAUGCAGAGGUUCGUCACACCCGUCCACAAAGGUUGCGGCACCCACCCAAGAUGGAACCACUCCCCCUUCACCUUCACGCUCGAUGACGCCGCUCUUAACCAGAACCUCCUCAGGCUUGAGAUCAUGCUUGUCUCCGACCGAACCCUCAAGGAAACCGAGAUCGGAAAGGUCGUCGUUCCGGUGAGUCAGUUGCUAGAGAUUAGUAGCAGGGACAAUAACGAGCUCCCGUACGUGACCUUUCAGGUUUUAAGGCCCAAAGAAGAACCACCCCAGGGCAAGUUCGGGGAGAAAUUUUGGGCUCCUCUUCCCAAGGCCCAAGAGGAGGUACUCGAGGAGGCCUAG